AUGCCAGGUUGGAUUAGUGAGGAUAUAUGGACUAAACUAACUGAGUAUUGGACCUCCGUGGAAUUUAAAAAGAAAAGUGAAUUGGCAAAGGCAGCCCGUUUGUCUGACAAAGAUGGCUCCUUGCACACGGGAGGUUCAAUAAGUAUGGGGGCUCAUCGAAGAAGAUUAGAAAAGUCUUUAAAAAGACCAGCUACUCAAGAUGAGGUAUUUGAGUAUACACAUAUGAAGAAGCUAAAGAAUGGAACAAAGACAACUUGGAUCGAGCCACGAGCCGAUACAACCUAUGAGAAUUUUAUGGACUUGUGGAUUAAGGCGGCUGGUGGCGUACAUAAGGGAAGAGUUUAUGGCCUUGGAUCCGAGUUUAGUUCUAGUCGUCGGUCUUUUGGAUCUGGUGGUUCUUCUUCCUCAAGGUCCUCAAUUAAUCAGGAUGAGUUUGAGCUAUUGAAUAGAAGAAUAGCAGAGAUCAUUGAGUUGUAUGCACAGGAAAGGACUGUGCGAGAAGAGGAGGCAAAGCGAAGGGAGGAAGAAGAUAGGCGGAGGGAGGAAGAAAUGAGGCAAAAUGAUGCUGCAUUUGCACGUGUUACUGGUGACGUUGAAAGCCUCAAGACCCAACUAAACUCCCUCUUAGCAUCUGGUGCAUUUUCUCUACCACGUUCUCCAUCGCGCUCUAACAAGACUAAGGAGUAG